AAGCAGCCCGCGGUGCCGUGAGGAAAGCUCGUCUGUCUGAGGCCUGAACCUGAGCUCCAGCAGUAGUGUACUGAUGAUGAAGAGCAGAUCCGCGGCCGCACAGCAGGAACUCUCGGUUUAGUCCCUGCAGGUGUGAGUGAGCUCCAGCACGAUGAUGAUAGAGAACGUGGACGCGCUGAAGUCGUGGCUCGCUAAACUCCUGGAGCCGAUAUGUGACGCUGAUCCUUCUGCUCUGGCAAAUUACGUUGUUGCUUUGGUGAAAAAAGACAAACCUGAGAAGGAGCCGGCGCUGUGUGCUGAUCAGCUCGACGUCUUCCUGCAGAAAGAAACCACUGGCUUUGUGGAGAAACUCUUUGAAUGUCUUGCUACCAAAAACUACCUGGGAAAUCCUCCUGCUAAAGAACUUCCUAAAGAGGAGCUGAAAGCUCUGCCUCCAAAACCUGCUGAAGCUGAAGAGGCAGGUCAUGUGGAGGAUGAAAAGGAAAGCCGAAGAAGAAGAAGUCCACUGAAGAAUCGUUCAGACUUUAAUGAAUCCAGACAUGCAGAUUUACCCGGACACCACCUCGGUUACCAUAGAAACGACCCAAACAGGAGUUUUUUUAAACAGUGUGUGAUGCUCCGCCCCUUAAACACAAGAUGCGCUUCACCCGGUCCCAACCAGAUAACAUCAUUACCGAUGCUGUUCUGCAGAAAUCGGGACGAUCGGCGGAGAGACGAGCGCAGAAGGAGGGAGCCUGAGCGCCACGGGAAGAGCAGCGAGAUGUACAGAGAGAGAGAACGGGAACGAGAGAGAAAUGAGCGAAGGAGAGCAAGCUCACGGGGUCGCAGUCGCAGCAGGAGUCGCAGCAGUAGCAGAGGGAAGAGCAGAGACCGAGAACAAAGACGAGAACACAGGUCUAAAUUCGAGCAGGAGCGGAAAGAGCCGGAGCCAUACACUCCGUUAUCAUCGGGUCCUUCAGGGAAACCUCAGCAGCAGUCACUACAGCUCCCCCUGCUCCCUCUGCCCCACCCUCACUCUCCGUUUCACCCCUCGGGCAAUCCCAGCAUCCCCAACGCCGUAACGGCUCACCUGCCCGACAGCACCACUGAGAACUGGACCGCUUACUACUCUAACCAUGGCGAUGGGAAGAUCGGCACUUUGAAACACCGCUGCCGGGAUUACGACGAGAAAGGGUUCUGUGUCCGUGGUGAUCUUUGUCCCUUUGACCAUGGCAACGACCCUUUGAUUGUGGAUGAUGUCGCCCUGCCCACAAUGAUUCCCUUUCCUCCCCCCGGCAUGCCCCCCCCUUCUCGCAUGCCCCUUCCAAUGCCUCCCAUGGCCGAGCCUCUUCCCGUUUUGCCCAUGCCGAUCCCGCCCCACGGGCAGCCCCCCCCACCAGGCAUCUACCCCAUGGCAGGACCUCCUCUUAUCCCAGUCAGUGGGAUGGAGACUCCACCCCAUGCACGGACGAGCACCUCGUCUCCUCUGGCUCCACCUGGAGUAAACCCACCUCUACCUCUUCCUCCUCUACCUCCUCCUUCUUCCUCUGCUAUUUCUUCUGCUUCUCUACAUCCUCAGUACACUCUGUCUGAAUACAGUUAUGAUCCUGAAGCAUAUAAUCCAGAAUCUCCAGCCAUCACCGGGGCGGGCCGAGCUCAGUACCGGCAGUUUAUUCCUCGCAUUCAGACCCAGAGACCCAACCUGAUCGGCCUCACCUCAGGAGACACACAGAGCUGCAGAGCUGCAAACAUCGUAAUUCAGACCGAGCCUUUGAUAACCAGCGUCUCGUGCGGUGAGGUGAGACACAGUGUGGAGCUCGACAGCAGGAAGAGAUCUCUGGAGCCUCUGGAGGGGCCUCAGGCCAAAAAGCCCUGGACAGAGAAGCAAAACUUUAAUAAUCAGCACAAGCCGUCCUUCCCCAAGAAGAAUCACUAUGUCAACACCAAACUGGAAGUUCGCAGAAUUCCCCGAGAUCUUAACAACAUAACCAAACUUAAUGAACAUUUCAGCAAGUUUGGGACCAUCGUGAAUAUCCAGGUGGUGUUUGGUGGCGAUCCGGAGGCGGCUCUGAUCCAGUACACAGCUAAUGAUGAGGCGCGGAGAGCGAUCUCCAGCACAGAGGCUGUGCUCAAUAACCGCUUUAUCAGAGUCUACUGGCACAGAGAGAACACCACGCAGAACCAGGAGCAGAACAGCAACCAGAGCUCCAGCCUCAGCACACAGAUACACCCUGUACAUAAGGUCAUUAAUAAGCCACACACACCUGGGGCCUAUGUGCUGAAUAAGAGCUUCCCAAAACAGCAGAGUACCUCUGGAACCGGACCUGCAGCCAGUCUGGACCUGCUCAGUCCCGCCCCAGAGUCCUCACUGGCCGUCACUCCAGCUUCUGCAUUACAGAAAGGAUUUUACUCACGCACAGUGUUUAAACCCGUCCCAAAGGCACUGGGAAAAACUGCCAAAGUUCUGGAGGAUCAGGAUGUUCUGAAAAAGAAGCAGGAGGCGCUGAAGCUGCAGCAGGAUAUGAGGAAAAAGAAACGAGAGAUGCUGGAAAAGCAGAUAGAGUAUCAAAAAGUGUUGAUAAAUCGCCUAGAGAAAAAUCGUGGGAUGAAGCCAGAGGAGAGAGCAAACAUUAUGAAAACCUUGAAGGAGCUCACAGAGAAGAUCUCUCAGCUGAAGAAUGAGAUCAGCAACAGCAAUGUGUCUCAGUCUUCUGGCAACAGCACCCAGCCCAAAACCAAGACAGAUGCACAGAAGGAGCUGCUGGACGCAGAGUUGGACUUCCACAAGAAGUUGACCACAGGAGAGGACACUACAGACCUGAAGAGGAGACUGGGUCAGCUGCAGGAUGAGGCGAAACGGUUAGGACUGUUACCCGGAGGCCGAGCGAAGCCACUGCUGAGCACGAGUCGAGGACGAGGGCGAGGCAGAGGCAGGAGCGGAAGAGGCAGGGGAGCUCCCAGUCACAUGGUGGUCGAUCACAGACCUCGUACCCUCUCUAUUCUGGGAGUCACACAGGAGGAAAAGGAGGAGCUCAGGCCACACUUUGUGAAAUUUGGAGAGAUUGAAGAGCUUCGUGACCAAGAUGCUACCAGUGUUGUGAUGACCUUCAAGACUCGCAGUGAAGCAGAGAAUGCUGCAAAUCAGGGGGCAAAGUUCAAAGGGCGGAUUUUACAAAUCUCCUGGUACAAACCUAAAACUCUGUCUGUCACCACUGAACCUGAGGAAGAGGAGUCAAAGGAAGAGGUUGAUGUGGAGUCAGUGAGCCCUUUCUUGCUGCCAGAGGAGGAGGAGGAAGAUGACGAUGAAGAUGAUGAUUAUGAGAGUCGCUCAUGGAGGCGAUGAGAGCAGAAGCAGGGAUGCUGAAGCUCUGCCUCAGUGUGUAAAUCACAGCCUUUUUAAAAAAGCUUAUUUAAAUCCAUAAAGCAUUUUGUUUUCAGUAUUUUAAGAGUUCAACUGGAAAGGACUGAAGUGUGAUGACACUCACUGUUAAAGACGUCUAGACAGUGUGUGUGUGUGUGUGUGUGUGUGUGUGUGUGUGUGUGUGUAAUUUACUUUCACUGAGAUGCAAAUAGUUAACCCUAACUAAUAUUAAAUAUUGUUUCACUGUGAUUGAUCUGAUAUCAGUUCUAUGUAGAUGAGCGAUUGUGUGUAGGAGAGAGAGAGAGAGAGAAAGCGAUUGUGUGUAGGUGAGAGAGAAAGAGAGAGAAAGCGAUUGUGUGUAGGUGAGAGAGAGAGAGAGAGAGAGAGAGAGAAAGUGUGCGCCAGUUUGGUCUAAACACAUUCAUCAUUAUUCCCCUUUUAUCUUCUAGAUUUUUGCUGCCACUUGAUGUAAAUAUAAACUCAGUGAUGUGUUUGUGUGUGUGUGUGUGUGUGUGUGUGGGGGGUGUAUUGGGGUUAUUGUCGAGUUGUGUUUAUUCAUCUGAAACCAAAAAGAGUUUUGGAUUGUGAGAGAUGAUGAUGAUGAUUUGUGGAGAGAAGGGGAACACUGGGGUGGUUUGAGUGUUGAUUUGGAUUUAUUUUUUGGCCUUACUCGAUCAGUGGACAGCAAACUUUUUACAAGAUUUCUGAUUAUUUUUUGUACAUUUUGUAAAUGGUUGCUAUAGUAACGACUGUUUGCUUUAAUUAUUUUAGCCAUUAGGAUGAAUGGCACAUUGUUCAGAUUCUUCACUCGCAAGAGUGUUUCAUUUUUUUACACUUGUAAAAUAAAAAUUGCUGCAUAUAGAGAUUAGGACAUUUAGGUAUUAGAAGUCAAAUCUUCUAUUUUGUUUUUGAAAAGUUUCACAGUUUUAAGAUUGUCAGUUAAAUUUCAGACAGGAUGAAGUUCUUGGUUUGGUUUUUGUGUAAUUUUUCUUCUACACCAUGGUUGUGUAAAACGUUUACUGUAAACUGAACUUUAAUAUUGUUUAUAUAUUUGAGGCUUGAUAGAUGUAUUUUUCUUUUUUUCUGCUUGUAAAAAUGGAUUUGAAACACUCAGUUACUUAUUAAUAAAGUGAAUGGAAUGGCGGAAAUCUAAACAAAGAAUAAAACAAGAAAAUUGGUUUACGUAAAAAUAAAGCCACCACCAAAAAAAUAAAAAAGAUUUGAUAGUCCAUUCCAACAAUAACCUUCUGAAAA